AUGAAGCGGUUCUUCAAAUGGCCAAAGGUUCGCCUGACACUCCCUGUUGCAACGCGCUCUUGCCUGGAUUCCGACGUCCAUCGCUUCCUGGUGCAGUUUCGUCAGGAGCAAGGCCGCUUGAAAGCAGCUGCAAAGGCCGUCGAGGCCUUGGACCUGAAGGACCAAUUCCCAGAUGCAGAGUAUCUGUGGCGCCAGGAGGCAUUGGAGGCCGCCAUCAAGAAAGGCCGGCGCGAGGCGAUGGUCGGGCUUUCUGUUGAGGAUGACCGGCUGCACAGCAGGUGCGUCGACGGGCUGCUAGAAUGUGGCGAGGUGAAGCUGGCAGUUGACCUAGCAGACACCUGGGGGAUCAACAUUCCGGAGACAGUCCGGCAGAGCGCAGAGAGGGAAGGAGAGGCCGGCUUUGCCGAGAUCAGCCCAAGCAAGCAACGCACGCACAAAGGCGCGCGAAACAUGCUCCGUUUGCCAGAGGCGUACCUCUGCCUUCCUGCUGAUGUUGACAUUCAAGUCGUCUCCGCAGAGGCUGCGUUGCGGCCUGUGCAUGCUGCGGGAGCAUGCUAG